GAAGACUUCCUAACACAGCACCUAUCACCAACCCACAUUGCACGGCCCUUGGAAAGCGUUUCGUCACUCGUUGAGCAUGGGCAACGCGCUGUCGUUGGUUGUUUCCAUCGGCGUGCCGCUCGCUGGCGGCAUCGUUGGUGGCCUGGUCACGCAAAAGGAUGUGCUGACAUGGUACCCGAAGAUCAAGAAGCCCAAGUGGACGCCCCCGAACUUCCUGUUCGCCCCGGUGUGGACGGCGCUGUACGUCAUGAUGGGCACCGCCAGCUGGCUGGUGUGGAAGAAGAAGGGCAACAACGCAGUGGCGCUCAGCCUGUACGGCGCCCAGCUGGUGCUCAACCUCAUCUGGAACCCGCUGUUCUUCAAGUCGCACAAGACCGACGUGGCGCUGGUCGACAUCACCGCGCUGCUGGGCCUGGCCACCGCCGCCACCGUCACCAUGGCCCGCGCCUCCUCCGCCGCCGUACAGCUGCCGCUCAUGGUGCCGUACCUGGUGUGGGUGAGCUACGCCACGGCACUCAACGCCAAGAUCUGCCUGGACAACCCCAGCGAGCGACUCAUCAAGCCCCGCGGCCAGAAGGCUGCUGAGGCCAAGGCCGAGUCCAAGUCCAAGACCUCCCCGGUGGCGGCGGUGAAGGAGGCGGCGGCGGCGGCUAGCACGGGCGUGGAGGCGGCCAAGGCGGCGGCGGAGGCGGUGACGGCGGCCGGUGACGCCAAGUACGGCAAGGCGAUCCUGGCCGCUGACAAGCUGCCCACCAGUGGCAGCGCCGCGGUGCAGCACGCCGCCGCCGCCGCCAAGCCCGUGGUGACGGCGGUGGAGGGAGCCAAGGAGGCGGCGAAGGCGGCGACCACGGCUCUGGGCAUCACCGCGCCCGCCGCCGCCAAGCCGCCCGCCGCCGCCGCCCCCGCCGCCGGCCCCACCCCCACCUCCGCCAUGGCCCCAGCCAGCAAGGCCAUCGCCGCCGAGGUCAAGGCCGCGGAGAAGGCGGCAGCUACAGCCACCACCUCGACUGCUACUGUUGCUACUGCCGCGCCCGCCGCGGCUGCUACUGCCGCCGCCGGCGCCGCUGCUGCUGCUGCCGACACUGCGAGCGGCUCGGCCCGACGCACCACGGCGGACGCGGUGAAGGCGGAGCUCAAGCACGCGGGCGUGUGAGGCAGCGCGUGUGUGCGGUCGCCGAUGCGCGACUCCUCAGGAGUUGUUGCGAGGGGUCAGGAGCGGUGUGAGGAGGUGUGAGGCGGUGUGAGGAGGUGUGCGGACUGGUGGGCCCGAAGCAGGCGGGCGCGGUGUGAGGCGGUGUGGGGGCUGGCGGGCCUGCCAGGGGCGGGUGGCCUGCAAGGGAGUUGCUGUGGCGCGGGCCGUUGACGGGCGUGUGAUGAGGUCACGUGAUGAGGUCACGUGAUGAGGGCAGGUGAUGAGGGCAGGUGACGGCUGUGCCUUUGCAGGGGCCUUCAGUGGCGAGUGGCGCCGCGAGGAUCACCGUAGUUCUGUGGAAUGGGCCGGCUUAAGGCGGUGGAAGGCGAGACGGCCAUUUGCUGUCGGUGAAGUGAGUUGAGGCCAGGGGAGAUUGAGGCGCUUCAAAACAUGUUCCUCCCUCCCCUAGUUGAGGCGCUUCGAAACAUGUGUCAGAGAGCGACGGAGAGAGGCCGGCGGGUGCGGUGGUGGCGGUGGCGGGCUGUGAGGGCGCGGCCCGCAGGAAGCGUCGUUGCGAGUUGUUCAGCCUCAGUACCGUGUUGUUGCUGCAGGAGGAGCUCUGUUUUUAUUGUAGAUAUGUGUGGUUUGAGGCGUGGGGGCCAGUGCCACCGCCAACGCAGGAUGUGCCAUGGGACAGUGGUGAGGCAGGUUGACAGAUGAUGAAACGUUGACCAUAAUGUACACUAUGGCAGGGGCAGCUCCUGACGAGCUCCAUGGUACUGUACAGGGCUCUCUGUACACUGCUACUGGCUGGAGGAUGGCGCGUUUGCAUCCGCGGUGCGGGGUGGCCAAGUCGCCCCAUGUCAGGGGGCUGCACCCCUGGUUGGCAUUGCUGGCGUCUGUUGUGCAAGUGCGCAAACCGCUGGCGCCAGACUGCCAGAGUGGCCCCUGACUCUCUCCAGCCGCCAGGUGCGCGCGUGCAGCUGUCACGCCUGUCAGAUGAGAGCCUGAGCUGACCAAGCAGCGCGCUAGCGUGGAGAGCUAGAAGCCACACAGGGUGUGUGUCACAGCGGUGCACGGAACAAAUCUCGA